CACAACUUGCGCAGCACUUCAUCUUCAACAGCCGAGCGGAAUUUCACACCCCGAAAAGGCAGCGAGAGGAGUGGGGAGAAAAGACUUCCAGCAUCCACAGCAUCCUUCUCUAUCUCAGAAAUGGAGAGGGAGGUCAUAUUUUGCCCAAAGUGGCAUGGUGCGCUUUGGUUUUUGCUUUUGAUGAUGCUCUGUUCCUUUCAUGCCGCCAAUGCUGAGAUAACUUGCAGGUCAUGCCAGCCUGGAAAUAAGUGGCGUGCACAGCAGUUACUGCUGAAAUUCGACACAAGUCAAUCCGCAACAGGAUUAAAGGAAGAAGUUUUGGGACAUGGGGAUGGGGCAGGGAGAUCCGGUGCUGCAAGUGCUGAAAGUCGGCGGCUCCGUUGCGUAGCUGGGUCUGCUGAAUGCGCUCCGGAUCGGACGGAAUACAAAGAGCCAAGGCUGAAACGGAAUACAGACAAGAUGCACACAAAAGGCGAAAUUGGUGAGAGCGAGUUUGCAAACAUGAAAGUUUCUCAUGUUAAUAUGAGUGGUCAGCAGAAGGCCAGUGGUGGUGCAGGUUUUACCUCUGCCACCCGCUACAGAAAGCGCGCCAGAAGGGACAGUGAUGAUAAUAAAGCCAGAUCCCCCGGUUCAACCCAGAGUCAAGAACCGGGAGAGAGCAGGAGCUCAGCGGCCGGACGCAGAGUGCCGCGCUCUGAAUUGCGCUGGAGCGGAGAGGAGCGGAGAGCCGCCGGUCAGAGGCAGGAGGAACUAAAACUUAACAGUUCAACGUUCGCCUUGACCGGGGAUUCAUCUCACAACCAGGCUAUGGUGCACUGGUCCGGGCAGAACAGCAGUGUGAUUUUGAUGCUGACCAAACUAUUUGACUUCAACCUCAACAGUGUAACUGAGAGUUCAUUAUGGAGGUCAACUGACUACGGAGCAACGUACCAGAAGCUGAAUGACAAAGUAGGAGCCAAAACAAUACUCAGUUAUUUGUACGUGAGCCCGAACAACAAGAGAAAGAUCAUGCUGCUAACUGAUCCAGAGGUGGAGAGCAGUCUACUGAUCAGCUCUGAUGAAGGAGCUACCUACCAGAAGUACAGGCUGAACUUCUACAUCCUCAGCCUGCUCUUCCACCCCGAUCAGGAAGACUGGAUUCUGGCCUACAGCCACGACCAAAAGCUAUACAGCUCGGUGGAGUUUGGGAGGAGGUGGCAGCUGGUACAUGAGAGAGUGGCUCCCAAUCGUUUCUACUGGUCGAAAAUGGGUUUGGACAAAGAGCCGGGCUUAAUUCACCUGGAAACCAGCAUCUCUGAAGGACAGGCGCUGUAUGUCACCUGCAAGCUCCAGAACUGCACAGAUGCCAACAAGGGCAAACCAUUCCCCGGAUACAUUGACCCCAAUUCUCUGGUGGUGCAAGAUGAGUAUGUGUUUGUCCAGGUGUCAACCGCAGGGAGGCCAAUCUACUAUGUGUCUGCUAAAAGAGAUGUCUUUACACCCAUGAAGUUGCCCAAGUACACCCUGCCCAAGGACCUGCAUGUGAUUAGUACGGAUGAAAACCGUGUGGUUGCAGCCGUACAGGAGUGGAACCAGAAUGAAACCUACAACCUGUAUGUGUCAGACACGUCGGGGGUAUACUACACCCUGGCUUUGGAGAACGUGGUCAGCAGCAUGGGCCCGGAGGGCAACGUCAUGGUCGACCUCUAUGAGGUAGCAGGACUAAAGGGGAUGUUCCUAGCCAACAAAAGGACAGAUAACCAAGUGAAGACGCACAUCACCUACAACAGAGGCAGAGACUGGAGGUUACUGCAGGCACCGAGCAAAGACCUGAGGGGCAACAGCAUCCACUGCGUGCUACCGUACUGUUCAUUACAUCUUCAUCUUCACGUGUCUGCAAAUCCCUACACAUCUGGAAACAUAGCCAGCAGGGACUCAGCGCCGGGGAUCAUUGUCGCAUCAGGCUCCAUUGGUGCAGAGCUGACCACCAGCAAUGUCAGUGUAUUUAUCACCUCGGAUGCAGGAAACACGUGGAGACAGAUCUUCGACGAGGAGUAUGCAGUGCUGUAUCUCGACCAAGGAGGAGCCUUGGUCGCAAUAAGACACACUCCGCUUCCCAUCCGACACCUGUGGUUGAGCUUUGACGAAGGACGGCAGUGGAACAAGUACAGCUUCACCAACACUCCUCUGUUCGUGGACGGCGUGCUGGGAGAGCCUGGGGAGGAGACUCUCAUCAUGACGAUAUUCGGCCACGUCAGUCAUCGCUCAGAAUGGCAGCUGGUGAAAAUAGACUUCAGGUCCAUCUUCAACAGGAGGUGUACAGAGGCGGAUUAUCAGACGUGGCACCUACACAACCAGGGCGAGCCGUGCCUAAUGGGAGUGAAAAGAAUAUAUCGGAAACUGAAGUCCACAUCCAGGUGUGUUAUGGGAAAGAUGUACUCUGUGUCGAUGACGUCGGGCCCCUGUGACUGUACGGAGGCAGACUUUGAAUGUGAUUAUGGCUAUGAGAGACGGACCAACGGCAAAUGCACACCUGCCUUUUGGUUCCAUCCAUCAUCGAUUUCCAGAAGUUGCACCACGGGGAUGACUUUCCUUAACAGCACUGGCUACAGGAAAGUGGUCUCUAAUAACUGUACCGCUGGAAUCAGCACGGAGUACACAGCCAAGAGGCAGCAGUGUCCCACCCAAGCACCCAAAGGUCUCCACCUGGUCACCAGCGAGGGCACGCUGACAGCCACACUGGGCACCAAUGUCACAUUCCUUGUUUUUCUGGAGGAGGGCGACGGGGCGAGGACAAGCAUCACGUUGGACUUCGGAGACGGCCAUGCUCUGACCUACUCCAAUGUGAGCUCCAUUGAGGACGGGAUCAAACAUAUCUACAAAGCUGUGGGAAUCUACCGGGUGACGGCCACUGGAGAGAACAGCCUCGGCUCAGAGACGACCUUGCUCUACCUGCAUGUAACAUGUCAGCUGGAGUAUAUCCAUCUCUCAGCUCCCUUUGUGGCGGUGAGGAAUAAGGAAGUGAACCUCACUGCUGUUCUGUGGCCCAGCCAAGUGGGAACGGUCACCUACAUCUGGUGGAUCGGAAAUAACACGGAGCAGCCACUAAUCACCCUAGAGGGAAGUGUGGCGUGCACGUUCUCCCAGGAAGGCAUCAGUACAGUCACUGUGCAGGUGUCUGCAGGGAACGCUAUUCUGCAGGACAGAAAAAACAUUGCUGUCCACGAAUAUUUCCGAUCUCAUCUGCUCGCCUUUUCAUCAAACCUGGAUGACCACAACCCUGACGUUGCAGAAUGGAGGCUGGAUGUAAGCCGAGUCAUCAAGAACUCUCUGAUCCAGGCCACAAGCGUGAGAGAGGAUCAUCUUCUGGUCACCGUCCUCCCCGGUUUACCCACAGUGGCAGAAUUUUUCCUUCUACCUGACAAACAGUUAACUGAGGGGAAACCAGAGAAGAGCUCUGCUCAUUUAGAUCAGCUCUCUGAGGUGCUGCUCAGUGCCUUAAAUCAAAACCUUGUCCAGUUCACAUUGCGGCCAGGGGUCCAAGUCACUGUGUACGCAGCUCACCUAUCAGCAGCGCCCCUAGUGGACACCAGCGAGAACCACAGUGGCUCUGCCAUGCUAAUGCUGCUUUCAGUAGUGGUUGUGGGUUUAGCUGUAUUUGUCAUCUACAAAUUCAAGAGGAAGAUCCCAGGCCUCAACGUCUAUGCGCAAAUGCAGAACGAAAAAGAACAAGAAAUGAUGAGUCCAGCUAAUCCAACAGAGGCCACGCCCAGCUCACAGCGGGAUUUGGUGCAUUCUUUGGAGAUUCUGGACACAGAGUUUAACUCACGGCCCAUCGGUGAAUAUCCACUCUGAAGUGAAAUGGUCCGGUGAAGGAGUGAACGAGAGCUAAACAAAAAUGAGAUGUAUGAAACCUCAUGUACAUGUGAAAUUCUCCACAGAACUCCCCACGUACAUCGUCUAAACUCUGGACCACCACUCCAGCUGUGUCAUGGAUAUUUUUUACCCUUUGGGAAACAAUGGUUUUGAGCUUUAUACCUGUGCAUGUUGGACCCUGCUGACACAUACUGUGCUCUGUUCAAACCAGAAGAAACUAUGUACAGGUUUUAAAUGUUCUUUUAACAUAUGUCCGAUAAAUUAAACAUUUUAAAAAUGUAUUUAUACAAGUCAGAUACAUAAUUCAGAGGGAACGCGAGCAUGAACUAGAGUGGAAAAAAUGAAAUAAGCAACACUGUUUUGGUUUUGCUUACAAAUCUGAGAUUGGUUUGCUGUUCUAUGAAGCUAACAGCAGUAGUGUAUUAUUUAUUCAUAACAAUAUACUUUUAUGAAGUAUGUUAUUGAAGUUAAUUACACAUUUAUUUUCUAAAUUCAUGAAUGUCUAUUAUAAAUUUGUGUAUUUUAAUAACAAAUGUCAUACUAAACAGAAAUGCUGUUAUAAAAUAUGAAUAGGGUACUUCAAAGCUUUUGGUCCAUUGUCUCUUGGAAAGCUGAUUUAUGGCACAAUACACAUUUUCUACUGUUUUUUUUUCUUAUUUUAAUUUAUUAACAGAAGUACAGGGUUUGGUUUUCUGGUCUAAUGUAACAUUUGCUGUAAAUCUAAUUCUUCUGGUACUAUUUAUGAUACAUACCAGUUUGUAAAAUGUUUUGUGCUUCAGACCACUCAAUGGUUUUGGACUGAAAGUGAUCCCCAAAUAUCACCAGACAACACACCUGGGGGAGGUAUUCCAAAAUCGUCCUCAGACACACACCCCCACUGAAACUCAGAUUUACGGUGGCAGUUAGACUACUUCUUUGUGGGAAAAUCCGAAGAGCAUGUCAGCGAGAAAGAGAGAGGCAGAGAGAGGUUAAGAGAGAUGGAAGAGUGCUUUUUGGGGUUGUGACGCAUUAAGAGCAUCCGAUUGGACAGAAUAAAGAAGAGGUUGACUUCUUGAAUACUUAAUAUGGCCAGCCAAGCUCAAGGCUGGCUAAGGUUGGUGACACAUUCAGGCUAAUGUCCUGACCCGCUCUCGAGUAGCACCCAUUUUCAUCCCAGCUCAUUAUACGGAGCAGGAGAACUAGAGCGCAGAUGCUACCAGGCUACACGGAUGGUUAGCUUGUUCAGAAGACUGCCAAGCCAUGUGGUACUUUGUGUGUGAAAUCUGACAGAUGUAAAUGCCUGAUUGACGCCUUUAAAAUCUUCGGGGGCAACUUUUCCAGAUUAGUUUUCCCACUUUUUAAUUUAUUCAUCCACAAAUACGGGGGGAGCGUGGUUUUGUCAGCACUGGAUGAACUUUUCUACAAUUAUUCGGUCAUAACAGUAUAGAAAUUACCACAGUAGAUUCACCUUCAACGUAAUCAGUGGAGAAUGUAAGCAUAGGCCAUGCAGAAGAGUGAAAACUCACACUGGCUUCUUUGCAAAGCGUUAUUUCAUAUGACCUCUGUAACAGUGUUCAGACCCAUUACACACUAUACCAAGUACUGAGAAGUUGCUGCAAUUCGUUUUAGAUGAGUCUCAAGUGAAUUGCUUUUCAAUUGCAAUUGUGGAAUAUAUAGCAAAAUACCUUCGUAGCUCUGUAGUGACUAGCCAAAAAUAUUGAUAAGAAAAAGUGACGCUGUGGUGGGCCAUGAGGUUUUUUACCCCCUGUGGGAAAAUAUCUCUAAGAACAUCAUUAUUCUGAACUCUGGGAUUCCUCUUUAGAAGGACUCUUGCCUUUAAGAUUACAGAUACAAACAAAUAUUAAGUGAUGCUUUUGACACAAAGUCACAUAAAUUGUUGAAGUGAGUGGUAGGUUGCUUUCAAGAUUGGCCUACCAACCAAGCAAUUGGCCCCAGACUCAGUCGGGGGACUCAGAGGUGCUAGAUUCACUGUGUAUAAAUUAGUUUGUGAUAAUCUAAUUAAUUGCAAAUGUGUUUGUCAAUAAUGUAUAUACUGUUGAAAUUCAUUAUAAAUUGAAAUGAUAAAGGCCUUAAGAUAACAUCA